AUGCAGCAACAAGCGCACGACUAUCCUCAGCAGCGCCGUCUCUCUUCCAACCAUUCGCGAUAUCCGACCUCAACGUCGUCGUCCAUCGGCACAUCCGAGUCUGCUCAGCAACAUGAGGCGACACCUUCCUCGGCGACGAGGCCUCCCGCUCAGCGUCAAGACUCCACGGGCCAAGCCUCUGCUGUAGCGACCCAGCUGACCAAACUCGACGGCGUCCUCUAUCACUUUUACACCACCACCGCCAAUCUGAUCAUACAGUCUCGACUCGCCCAUCUGCGCUCCUUCCUCCUCACUGCUCCGUUUGACAUCGGUACUGCUGCUGCUACUGCCACGUCGGCUUCCACUCCAUCGUCGCAGGCAAAGCUCUCCCGCUGGUUUGGACUGCACAUUCCCGACUCGGACCUUUUCAAGGAAGAGCUUCGUCUGUGGCGCUCCAUCACUUCCUUGUUAGGACUCGACACCAACGAUUACGAUCUCGACCGUGCCGCCACCGCAGUUGCCGUCCCCGAUCUCAUCAUCGAUGUCCUUCUUGACCUCUCAGGCGUCUCGGAUCGACACGAGAUUCUGCUCUUGGCUGGACCCUCGACCGAUCCCGACCAUCGCAUACGUAUCGACCUCGACCGGAAUCUACCAGGCCAAGACGCCCCUUCGUCACCCUCGUCACGGCCACUUCGAAUCGUACUGGAGCGAUGGCGUCUCCGGUUCGGUCCAACUCAGCCUGCGGCACCACCUGAUCUGUCAACCUUCUACAAGCGCUCCGUCGUCCACUUUCGCACGCUCUUCACCCUGCUCUGCUCUCUUCCCUCCAACCGUCUGGCAGCCAAGAUCGAGGAGCUCAAAGCCACGCAGCAGCAGAGGCGGAUCAAUGCGUCGCAACCUUCUUUCCCUUCCCUAUCUGCUCGUAACGACGUGGGCGCCCACGAUGCAGAGAUGAACAUCGGCUGUCGACUCAGCAUGGAUCUGGACCCGCAGCAAGCUCGUUCGGACUCGUCCGAGGUGGAUUUCAUUCGGCAAUUUUCAGCCCAAGAAGCAUCGAGUCGCUCCGAUCAGAUCAAGGCGGAAGGUCUGCAGACCGGUCGCGUACGAUCGCAUGGACACUAUGCGGUCCAUACUCUUGCUCCCGUUGCCACUCCGAUCGGUCAUCUCGAGCUAUCCGUCACAUAUCGCAAUUGCACCGAUUACAUUGUCCGAGAUGCGGAUGCUCUACGCGUAGCAAACGACAUACAGGUCGAGCUCGACGAGGACUACUUCAAAUCGCCCCAGCCAUCGGCAACCACCGUGCCCACUGUGCGAAGCGACGACCAGCAGCGAAACGCGUCUCGACCCUCGGCCGCCGUCCAACAACGCAUGGGCGGUAUAUCAGCGGCCAGGCCGGCCAUCCUCGCGGCGCAAAAGAGCUCCCCGGACAGUGCGACCGGCUCAGAAGCUCUCCUCUCGCAUUCGCCUGCCAACCAGAGCGUCUUCAGCACAAGCGCUCCAGGACGCCACGCUGCAGGCCUUUCGAGCCUCCGCAGGACCGGGUCCACCAAGAGCAACUUGUCCAUCCUCGGUACCGGCAGCUCGUCCGCUGUGCCCUCGAGCCCAGCGUUGGCUGCUGCCCUCAGUGCCGAGCCUGCUUUCAUGGUGCCAAGCUCGGUCCGCAGAUCAAGUACGAGCGAGAGACGGCUUCGGACGCUCAGCGGUCUAUCCAGCGGACGCCCAAGUCCGCCUGUGUCGCCUGCUCUUGCUUCCUUCGACCUCCCGGAACCUGGUACUAGUGUCCCGCGAAGCAUUUCAGCAGCCUAUACUAGCGGCACGACCGGCCGGUCCAUCGGCACUCGUACCACGAGUGGGUUUCCAGGGAAUGCUUCUGGCGCAAUGGGACCACCUUCGUCCAUGCAAUCUCGACCAAGCGUCUCGUUCAGCCCUUCAUCUCCCUCACCGCUGGCGCAGCAGAUGUCGCUACAAGCGUCCAGAUCCAUCGGAGGUGCAGGCUUGGCUGCCACGGUCUCUCAGUCGACAGCUUCCUUCCGCAGCGUGUCUGGCUCAGGUCUGCGCUCGUCGUCGACAUCGACUACAGGCGUACUUCCCGGUCCCAGCCUUCGCAGCGUAUUCCAAACGUACGUGCCCAGGUCUCAGACCGUGUCAGUGGCGUCCAUAGCGAGGGCUCCGGCGACAUCGUCAAGCGCUUUUGCGCACGGCAGCUACUCUCCCUCGAAUCUGGGCGCAGGCAUGCGAGGUUCCAGCAUUCGUAGGAACUCGAGCACCAGCGAUGCAGGAUCUGGCUCUGCCUCCGGAGCGAGCGUCACUUCUUCCUCGGCUGCCAAGCCGCAGAUGAUCAAACGGUACAGCACCAACUUUUCCUACCGCCAGAACCGCGAACGAGCUGGGGUGUACGGUAGCAGUCUGGGAUCCGAAGGUUCGGGCUCGCUCAGCGCUGGUGCAGGUGCGGAACCAUCAAGCUAUCCGCGCCUCGGUGGAGCUGGUGGAAGCCUGAGCUCAGCUUAUGGCCGAAGUUGGAUCUCGAGGAUGGAGCAACGCCAGGGUCUUGGUUCCGGCGGGGCGUUUGCGAGGACUUCUAGUCUCGACGAUGCAACGGCUGCAGCUACAGCUUCUGCUGCAUCGAGGUAUCGACCCACGUCUGCUUUUGCAGCGCCGAUGCAGCCGAGUGGUGGCCUUACCCCAAGCCCAAGGAGCCAUGACGACGAUAUGGACGAUCUCAUUCGUCUGCUCGAGACUCGGCCCGCCUUCGGUGCCUCGUCUUUGGGUAAGCUGACGAGUCUGAGAAAUGAGAGACGUGUUGCUCCUGGACUCAGCAGUACGCCCGAGGAAGGCGCCGCUGCACCUCGAACUCAAGGUUCGGAUGCCAUGACAGAUUCGGUGCAGUCCAACGUCGGGCAAGACAGACUGUCGCCAUUAUCUGGCAGUGGAUUGCGUUCGGGCAGCGGCUUGCGGACGGCUAAUCCGAUGUCGCGCAGCCAGCUCGAUGAUCUGCUGAACCGUAUGGCCGAGUCGGUCGGUAUUUUGGGUACGAAGGAGCCAUCGCCGGCGAUAAGUGUCGGGACGCCACCAGAUGCAGCAGCUUCGAGCGACGCAAGAGAUUCUGCGGGUGCUUCUAUGCCAGCGACGCAGCUGAGACCCGGCUCGAGACCACUAACGCCGGCUCAGAUCUCGGCCACUUUAGGCAAAGGACGAGGGAGCACUCCGAGAGGGGCAGAGACAGGUGUUGAGAAUGUGCCAGGGCGUGUGUCGAGCCCGUCGACGUUUGCUCGAGCUUUGCCGGGCGAGACGGGCAUGCGGUCCGGUACGGCAACGGGCCACCAGGUGCGAGGCUAUGGCACUGUAGCGAACGAAAGGUCGGCCAGCAAGUCGGACCCAGUCGAAGGCGCUGUGUCGACGACAGUGACGCCCGCCGUUGCGGCACACGCCUCUCUGACCGAGCUGUUGGAGCCGACGCGAACGCCAGACUACGAAGCAGAAGGCGAUCUGAUGUUCAAGGUGGACGGACAGCAAGGGUACGACCCUCAAGACGAGCUGCCUGGCGAGAUGGAGAUGAUGCCGCAAGAUGCGCGACCGACGAACGCAGCGGUCACGGCGUUGGCUGGAGGAGUGGAAGGGGGUAUGGGAGCGACGCUGCCUGUCGGUGCUCAUAGGGAAGGCCGGGCGCACGAGUGGCAUGUUGCGGAUCGAUGGGAGCGCGCACGUGCACAGGAAGCGGAACGAAGGCGAGCAGAUGCGGAAAUGUCGCGCAACUUCGGACAGGAGCCUACGUCUCGGGAUAUCAAAGCGAAGAACGCCCAGUUUGCCGCUACUGCGCGGGAGAACGCUGGCAAACCACGUAUCCGUACCCCCAAGAACGCGGAGGGUGAGGAGGUAGACGGCGAAACGAAACAGGCGCAGCAGAAGAGGGGAAGGACCAACGUUAGGCCUGCGAGGCAGGACAGAGCAGCGCAGAACAAGGUCGUAGGAGCCGGGUUGAGCAACAACAAGUUGGCGCUCGGGUUGAUCGUCUUUGUCGUGUGCGGUGGAGAUGGCGCCGUUUGCGCCUACGGCGGCUUCGAAGGGGAAGUGCGUUGCGACUUGUUUGAGAAGUGUAUGUGA